GCUGUACCGGAUUUCUUGUUGCCUCCGCGCUCCCUCGAAGCUCCACUUUGCUCAGCCCGUAGGCUAUCUCCCCUCGUUCUCCUUGCUCCGAGAUGCAGUGUCUGCUGUGAGCAAACGUAGUAGGCGACCCCACCGUCCGACGCCUGCAGCGAGCGUACCAAGGUACACCGACUGCCAGCAUGCUCCCGGCGCCGUCACAAGCAGCAGCAUCGCGUUCGAGUGAGCCCGUCUGGCGGCCCAGGCAGUAAGGAACGAGGAUGAAAACGGUUCCCACGCUUGCUGCCACUGCAACUUUGCUUGGUGCGUCUGCACUCGGGCUGGGAUUCGGUCGAGAAACAGACGCCCCGUACCCGUUGAAGAAGAGGAAAGCCACUCCAGCACAAAACGAGCCGGGCCGCUCGUCAAUACAAGCUGCUGUCCAAACCACCACCACUGCGACAUUCACGACUACCACCGCCGCCGCCGCCGCGCCGCCGCCUGCCGCGCACCACCCUCGGCCCAGCACCUCGCGCGCUCUCUCGACAACAGCAGCCCGCUUCACCGGCCAUGAGCGCCAGCGGCCUCUGAGAAGACUCACGGUCGGCGACCCGGCUUCGCAGCCUCUGCAGGGCCCUACCGGCAGCGGUUACACGCCUCCGAGUGAACUGAACAUAAACGAGCUGGAUCCUGCAGGCCGACCGCAGUCGCGGAGGGCAUCCUGGAUCAAGCGCCUCUCCACCAUAUCCAAUUCGCAGCCCUCGAGCCGAGACACCAGCCCCGGCCCGCUCUCGCCCUCUGUGUCCGUCUCCAACGGCUCCAUGGCUUUCUCGCAUGACGGUUCCACAGCACCCAUGAUCCCAGGCGAGCGACAUCCCGCUCCGCUACCGCCCAACAAGCUUGUAAAACGCUCGUCGUCCGUCCGCAGCCCUCACGAAAAGCCUACCCACAACACGAACUCGCGUCUGCCGUCGUUCCGCCGCCCUGCCACCAGCCACCAGCGCUCGGCCACGCUCCAGCACCGGACAGCCCUGCUGGAGAUGACCGACGAGCAUCCAUCGUUGGAUGAGCAGCCGCUGCAGCCAAGCACCGACAGCGAGGUCGAGUACACCAACUUCUUCACGGCUAGAGUAUCGAAAGAGAAGGCGCUGUCAAAACGCACGGCAGCUUUAUCGUCAAACGCAAAGGCGAUCAAGAGGAUCAUUCCAGACGACAAGAUGCACAGGCCGACGCUGCUCUUGGCUCGCUCCGUUUCGGCAGGCGCGGCUGCAGACGUGGUCGAAGAUUCGGAAAGUGAAGACGAGAGCGAGAGCAUCUACUUUGUGAGCAGACCUGGCACUCCGCUCAGUGCCACUCUCCUCCCGGCGUCGCGUAAAGAUCUACCGCAACCAGCGGCGGACCGCAAACACGGCCGCUCGUCUGAAGACAAUGCCGAGGGCGCGACACGUGCUCGGCGUUCCUUCUCCAUCACCAACCUGCUUAACUCUGGCUCCAGGCCACGGACUACUGGCCUUCCUGGAGUAAAACUGGCACGAAAGCUUAGUCAACGAAGGGUGAGCUCCGACCCCCUCUCUGCGAUGGAUAAACGUCGAAGUAGUACUGCACAUGGCGAAUCCGGAGCUGUCUCCGGGCGGGUGGCCGAAUCCGAGCUUGCUCGACGCGAAUUAUCGACCUCCUCGGGGCCCCACCUGGGAACAUUACGACAUGGAACUCUUGCCGCCUCGCUCGCGUCACCGUUGCCUGAACAGCCCCAUAGUGCAGCAAAGCCAGAUUCUACCCCGGAGUCAAUGCGCACGGCUGAGACCAAACCCUCGGCCGCAGCCGCUACCAAUCAGCCACCGCCAUCACCAACAGUGGCUCAGACGGGUGCGCGCCCAUCCCGAAACUCCAUGGCUCCGUCCGAACAGGCCUCGACAUUAGUAGGCUCAGAUAACGAUGCCCGUGGCGCAGGGACGGGGGACGAGGACGAUGCAGACCUCCAAAGUGAAACCGUGUUUGAUUCGCUGCGCACGGGCGGUGCCAGAAGUACAUCGGGCGCUCGUGGUCCGCGCAUAGAAACUAUAUUUGAUGAGUCGCCCCCAGCCAAGGUCAAAGUUACAGCGCUGCGCGACCUCCUCCCCAAAGGAACCUUCCGGGAGCAGACGCUCGAUGCUGCUCCCGGGCAACAAAGCAUAGCCGAGGAAGAGGAGAGCAUCGCGACGCCGGUUCGCACCACCGUCCCCGACUGGCCCAUCCACGAUUCACCCACCUUUUCGCGAGGCAGCGCUGCGCCUCUAUUCCCAGACCUGAUACCCUCCUCGCCUCCGGAUAUGCCGAAGCCUCUUAACUUGGGAACACUCGAAUGGGAUUCAAGAGUCGAAGAUGAUGGCAGCAGCAGUGCAUGGUCAAUCGACGACGAUAAUGAAGACUCUUGGGGCGAUCUACCUCCACCCCUGCCCGGCGUGCUCGUAGCGUCUCCCGUAUCGUUUGGGCGCCCUACACCUCAGCUGUUCGCUUCAAGAUCUAGUUCAAGAAUUGCGACGCCGCACCAUCUCAACUUUGAUCACGGUGAUAGAGAGGCUCGCAGCAGCAUAUUCGAUUGGUCAGAGCAACAACCCGCCGAUAAAAGCUCGGGCAAUCGCACACCGCCACGUCCGAGCACAGUACAUGGAAAAAAGGACGCAGAUCGCAGGGGCGGUCGAGUUGUUGGUCGAAGAGCGCCUAGUGGGUUGCACGUUCGCAGCCAAAGUGUGCCUGUCGCCCCGGAUGCCACAGGGAAACGUAGCACAGUCGUCACCAAUAAAUUCGGUACCUGGGGUGUAGGAAGCAAAGGGGUCACCGAAGAUUGGAACGACGACUUUGAUUUCGCUGAUCUUGCUGAAGAGACAAGUGCGCCGGGAACAGUGCAGUCCCAAAGGGUUGACAGUGGCAUGGCCAUGGUGGUCCCCAACCACAUUCAAGAGCAGCAGAACAACGUUCUCGCAAACAUCGGCCUUUUACGAGAGUGGGGCCUUCUGAUCGAAGAGCUCAAAGAGCAAAGAGUCCGAGCCGCCUACCUAGGCAUCCUGGACGGCCCACAUGCCGCGAUGUGGGAAGAGGUGGACGCCAUGAUCGACCUUGCCGACCAGGAAGCCGAACACGAGGGCGUCCCUCGCUUAUCUCCACCAUCAUCACCCGGUUUCGACGAGGUUGCUUUUGAUGACGUGUCACACUCUACGAGCAACGCGCUUGGCAAAAACAACACGCCGUCCAAGUCCCCAUCUAAUAGCAACUCAAGAAAGACCAUCCUUCCACCAAACCAUCAAAUAUUCGGACCGCAAUCGUCGCCUGUACCUCCCAAGUCCAGGUACGAAUCGCCUGCCCCACCUACGGAUGUGAUCCAGCACAUUGGACGGCCUAGGAAGGAUUCCGAGGCAAAGGCUCGCUCCAUCAUAGAGGCGCUGCAGCAGAGGAGGAGCACCCACGAGUCUCUUGUCGACAUACAGCCUCCACCGUCUACAAAGAAAGUCCCAUUCGACACCGCCACUCUUCGACGCAUUGUCCCGCACGUCAAUGGCCUAACCCAUAGGGUCAAACAGACGCUGCGGGAAGCAGAGGGACUGUAUUCGAGUCCCAGCACGAGCCCGAAUAAGGAGGCCGCGGUUCCGUUCAGCAGGGAAUACCUUGCAGACAAUGAACUAUCUACGCAGAUGAAACUAAUGACGGUGAUGUAG